AUGUUGGUUAGUUUUAUCUAUCUUCUCGUCCUUACCCUUUUAACCUCAUCAACAAGAGAAAUCAGCCCAGAUAUCAAAGCUAGCUCAAAAAGCACUAAAAUUGACUCCAAACAGCUCCUGCAAGAUCUUAACCUCCCUAAUCAACUUUUUCAAGACGCCAUGAAUUCUCGAAAACUCAAAGAAAACGCAACCAGUGAUACUUCAGGAAGCAGAUAUAAGAGACAACUAUAUAGCUGGUGCGUAGAUGGCGAAGAUCGCUGCCUAAAAUGUGAUGCGUCUAAGACCUACUGCAGCGUUUGCAUAAAUGCUGGUGAUUUGCCUAACGUUUAUGGUGGGUGCAGCGCUAGUAGUCCACCUUACUGCACUAUUGUUGGCGAAAAUAGUGAUUGUGCUGUGUGCUCUGCUAAUCACUAUUUAGACUGUGCACCAUGCAGUGAUAAAAUAACCAUAAGGCCACCGGUUCUGAACUGAUAUUGACCAUCAAUGUGAUAACUUUUAUUGGCUCGUAAGUUGCAGCUAUCUUUCCAGCUCUCGGCAAACUCUAGAUGGAUAAAAGAUUCAGCCUCUACUCCCCACUUGACAGCAUUCCUAACUCCCCCCCCCCCUCCGUGAGCGAACAAAACCAUUAGAAAAAUCGCCAUUUUUUGACCAAAAACCCACCCUCCGUGAGUGAACAAAAAUUUUUUUAAUAGAAAAAAUUUUAAUGGAAAAAAAUUUUGAUAUAUAAGUGAUAAUUAGUAUAAUGAAAUCUAGAGCUAAUUCUGUUUAAUUUUAAACAAAUUGCGUUUUAAAACAUAAAUUUUGCAAAUUAAAUUAAUAUUUGCUUCCCAAUUUUUGCAAAUUAGGAUUUUUUUAAAUUUCGAAAAAAAUAUUUUUUUAUAAAAUUUAUAUAUAAAUUUUUUUUAAAAAAAAAAAAUUAACCCCCCUCCGUGAGCGAACAAAAUUUUUUUGUUCGCUCACGGAGGGGGGGGGGGGAGUAAGCUAAAUUUGCUGUAUCUUCAUAAAAGCUUUCCUUAUCGCAAGCAAUCGCCAUUUUUUGACUAUGCAGUGAUUUUUGGAACAUUGUAAGGAAUGCUACAGUAUUGAUUAUUGCGUUGAAUGUGUAGACGGGUAUUAUGAGAACAGCAAUAAAUGCUCUUCCUGCAGUUCUAAAUACUUAAACUGUAAAACUUGUAACCCAACUGAAUGCUCAAAGUGCAAUAGCGGCUUUGCUCUUGAUAGUGAUAAGAAAUGUGUCACAUGGCCAACACCAAACUGCAUUUAUGUUGUGAAUGGAAUCUGUAAAAAGUGUGAGGACGUGUAUUACCCUAAUUCCAAUUCUUGUCUCUCAUGUAGCGCCUUUCCAAAUUGCAAAACAUGUAAUAGCUCCUACUGUUUGCAAUGUUUGACUGGCUUCUUUCAGAAUGGCUCUUCAUCCUGUGCUUCAUGCAGCAGCAAAAUUGCGUAUUGUUUAGUUUGUGAUUGAGCUUCAUUUUGCACACAAUGUGACUCAACACAUUUUGUUACAGAUAUAGGCAAAUGUGCUAAUUCAGGACCUGAUAAUUGUAGGGUUGUUUAUGACAGUGACUUGUCUAGGUGCAGUCAAUGCUUAGAAGGCUACAAUUGGGACCAGAACCAAAAAAUCUGUAAAGCCUGCGGUGAUAUAAUGUUGCAUUGUGCUGACUUCUCAGCAAACAAGCAAAUUUAUUAGAAAAGCACUAUUUCAGGGUAAACACUUUUUAAAUAGUUUUUUUUAAAAAAAUUAUAUAGCGCAUCCACACUUUUAACCUCCUCUUGCCCCAAUUCUCCAAACGAAAUCCUCAAGAUUAUGUAGAUUCCACUUUAUGAGUUGGUUGGACUAGCAUAAGCUGGUGAAACCAACCCCUAAGUCUAGAAAGACAUUGGGACAAGAGGAGGAUAAAAGCGUGGAUACGCUAUAAAUAAUAAUUAUUUUAAUAAAAUAUCAAGCUAGUUCUUUAAAAUUUUAAAUAGCUUGCAUUCUAAAAGAUAUAUUUCACAAAUUAAUUUUCCUUUCCAAUUCUAUUUAUAAUAUAAAUUUAAAAAAAAUAAAAUUUAUUAAGGGGAGUGAGUGUAAAGUAGGAAAUAUAGAGGAUUUCAAAUGUGAAAAAUGUGAUACAGGUUAUAUCAGUGUCUUUAAAUUAGCUCGUAUAUUUAUUUGCUAUUGACUUAUUUAGCCAAAAUUUUGUAUCAUCAUUUUGAUUCAAUUGCAAAACUUUUCACUUUAAGGUUACAUUUUAGAUCCUAAUGAGGUUUGCAUUAAAUCUCCUUUAAUAAAUUGCAAGGGAGGCUUAGAUGCUUACCAUUGUAAUAAAUGCUUUAAUUUUAACGCUGGGGUGUGUAUUUCUGCUGGAAAUCCAAUUGCCAACUGUAAAAUGGCAAGUGUUGAUAGCUCUUAUUGUGUAGACUGCGUUUUGGGUUAUUCUCAUACUGAAGAGGGUCUUUGCGAAUGUAGUGCCAAAGACUGCACUACAUGUAAUACAGAUGAUGGAAGCAUUUGUGAUACGUGCAUUGAUAACCACUAUGGAGACUGCGUAGCAUGCAGCACGAAAAUACCUAAUUGCGACACUUGCAUAGGCGGGAUUUGUACAAAAUGCAGUCCAGGGUAUUAUUUGUAUAAUUCUCAGUGUCAUUUAUGUACUGACUUUGACGUAAACUGCAUUACUUGUAUAGAUAAUGACCAUUUCUGUGAUUCUUGCAAGCCUGGAUUUUUGCCAUCCUUCGAGGGUUUAUGCGUGGAAUCAUCAAAACAAACUUGCAAGAUUGAAGGCAUGUAUGGCGUAUGCUUUAAAUGCUUGUCUGGAUACUAUCUUAAUAAUCAGGGGACCUGCUCUUCUUGCGGAGCUAUUAGUGUAGGCUGCAGCACUUGUUCUAAAACUGCCUGCCUGGAAUGCUCAUCAGGGUAUUGGCUUAAUUCCAAUUCAUGCCUUCCAUGCACCUCGAUUUCUAACUGUCAAACUUGUAUAAAUGCCACUGAGUGCACGAAAUGUGAAGCUACGUAUCUUCUUAAUGAAAAUAAAAAAUGUACUUCUUCGACAAUUAGGAAUUGUGAUGUUGUGAUGAGCAAUAAUCCUAGCACUUGCCAGCAGUGCUCAACAGGGUAUUUCUGGGAUACUACUGAAUGCAAAGUCUGCAGUGUCCCAUUGCCGAAUUGUGACACUUGUUCAAGCUCAACGACUUGUUCGCUCUGCAAAACAGGCUAUUAUCUAGAUUCUAACCGAUGCCUUGCAUGUAGGAAUGCACUAAAUUAUUGUCUAGAGUGCUCUUCAGACUGCAGCUCAUGCUUAAAAUGUGAUACCGGGUAUUACCCUAAUCAUGCAAAUAAAUGCAUUAGAUCUGCUCUCAAUUCCUGUGCUAAAGUUUCUGAUGAUGGGAUGUGUAUAACUUGCCCAAGCGAUAAGAUAUUUGCCUGCACCAAUGGCGGUACUUCACUUCCCAAUUGCGAUAUGUCCUCUUCUGAUAGCUCAGUUUGUGUGAAAUGCAAGCCUUUCUAUGAAAGCCAAGGAGGAACUUGCGUUAAAAGUAACUUUUAUUUAGUAUGUCCUCAAAAUUGUUCUGAUUGCUCAUCAAAAAAUAUAUGCACUAUUUGUGAUUCAGGCUACUUUCUUUAUGAUAGCAACGGAAAAACAACCUGUAUCUGUAACUUUUAUUUAGCUUGUGUUGACUCGUGCACAGACUGUGAGCCAAAUCCAAAUUGUUUCAUAUGUGCUAGCUUAGUCGUUCAAGAUGGGAGCACUUGCAGAGUCGAUUCAGUCGGGUACGAGAUAAGUUUCAGCGAUCCUUUUAUCAUUAUUGAUUUUGCUCACUCGAGUUCAAAAAUAUUAACACUUGCUAGUUUAGAAGCUUUCACUAUUAGCAAUCAAAAUAUAGCUACGACCAAUUGGUUUAUCAGUUCAAGAUCAGAUAGUCAGUUGCAGAUUCAGACUGAUAAUGUGAGAGAAUCAGAUCUUCCAAUUAAUCUUAAAAUCUCACUUCGUUAA